AUGUCCAGCAAUAGUCAAACACAUAAGACUCUUUCAAAGCUACUUGAAAAUUUGUCACUUGAAGAAAAUGAUGACAAGUUUUAUGAAUAUUUCGACAAACUUGGGUCCUUACCACAUGCCGAAAAAGAAGCAAGAUUUAAAGAAUUUUUAGAUAAAAAUGAACAAAUUUAUAAAGAAACUUCUAAUAUAUCUUCUGUUCAUGUUGACGAAAAUUACACUCAGUAUCAAAUAAAUGAAUACCGAAAGAAAGCAAUUGCAGAUCAUACCUUUUCAUUCGCAAUGCAGCAUAAUCUUGGACAUGUUAUCUCUGAGCGUCUCACAAAUUUCUUCUAUGUCAACAGUAAUCUUCUUGGAUCCGGUGUAGAUGGUAAACCGCUUAAACAAAUUACUUGCGCAAAUAUUAACGUCGCAAAAAAUUUCUUCUGUAAGAAAAUUGCUGACAAACUUUGUAGUAGCUGUCAUGUUAUCUCUUAUUGUAGCAAAGAAUGUCAAAAAAUGCAUUGGAAACUUCAUAAAAUUACUUGUAAAUCAGAUAUCGCGUCGAAGGAUUGGAAACCUGACUAUAUCAAUGAAAUGCGGACUCCUGCUUUCUAUGCUCAGCCUCAACCUUUUACUUCUUUUAGUCCUUUAAUAAAAGAAUAUUUAUGGGGAAACAUGCCAGCAAUUGAUAUUGUAAAUUUAGCUUCCAAUGAGCUCGCUGAUGGCAAGUCUUGUUCAAACUAUAAAGGUCCUUUUAAUCUUCUCUUUGCUGCAAGCGGUAAAUCAGAUUCAAGGAUGAAUAAAAAUGAAGUAUUUGAGUUUGGUAAACUCAAGAUUCGUACUCAUUUUAGUCCCGAGACUUGGAUGUGCCUUGUAGGAAUGCUUGGAAAUGAUAUCGAUUUACAAACUGCCGUUGACACGCGCAAUAAUAUUAUGUUAAAUCCUGCGCGCAGAGAUUAUCGACAUCGAUAUAUGCAACGUCUUACUCCAGGAGAACGAAUUUGUUUUGAUAAUUUUCGUCAUCACGGAAUUCUUCUUCCAUUUGGUGCGCUGGAUGCUCAUCAUAACGUACCAAAUAGGUUCAUCAUAGAUCGAAUGUUUGGUUGGACAAUGGCUGAUAGUUCUGAUCCACUUUCUGGAUGGAAUAUGUUUGACGUUACCAAGAUUAAACAGGGAACAGCAAAUGAAGAUCUUUACGGAAAACUUUUCUUUUAUUUACGUGAACAACUUGAAAAGUUUAUUGAUCGAUUGCAAAAAUUAUCUAUUAAUUUUGAUUUAUAUGAUGGGGAUGCACUUGAACUUGGUGAAAAAUUAAAAGGCAAACUAUUUGAUCGAAUUCAUGUAACUAAUCUUAGUGACGAAUUAUAUGUUGGUGUUAAACCUACAUUAACCAAAUUCCGACCGCUUCUAAAUGAUAAUAAUCCACAUGCAACUUUAAUUACUCUAUUCAUGAAUUGGUUACCUUCUAUUCCAGAAUCUGAUAAAAUAAGAAUAAUGGAAGAAAUUUUCAUGAAAAGAGCCAAUGAAUAUAAAAUGAAUCGUACUCCAUCUCUCUCUGAGGCCUCUAAUUUGGCAUCUAUGAUAACAACUCAAACUGCUACUGAAGCUACCGCUUUGUAUGAUCAUACCCAAGCAUUCAAUGUAUAUAUGAAAAAGAUGGGUGCAAAUAAAACUGCAGAAAAGGUCGGAUUGCGUCGUCGAGAAGUUCAUAAAGUCGUGCCCAAGAGAAUUGGUGCCAGCAUGAAACAAGAUGAACAAAACAAUGUCAUAUCACCUGAAAAUGAAAGAGAUAGACAUUUAUUGUUUGAUUUGGGAUCACACACGUUUUUAGAACGUUACGCUGAAUGGGGAAUUGCAACUUAA